AUGGGGGGAAAGCAGAGCACGGCGGGCCGGCCCCGGGGCGCUUUCCCCGGCGUGUCCACGGAUGACAGCGCGGUGCCGCCCUCGGCUCACUUCGGCCACUACCGGCCGAGCGGCACCAUGGGCCUGCGCAGCCGCUCGGUGAGCUCCGUGGCCGGGAUGGGCAUCGACCACAGCGCCGCGGUGCCCUUCGGCUUCUACACCCCCAGAGGGCCGGACCCGGACCGGGCCGGCCCCGGGGGGGGGUCGGGGGGCACCACGGCCGCCCCCCCCCACCACGGCACCGGGUACCAGGACUCUGGGGGGGGCGGGGUUCUCUACCUGGGGUCCCGGGGGUCUCGGGGGUCGCUGGCGGACACCUUGCCCCUGCACAUCGCCCCCCGCUGGUUCAGCGCGCACAGCGGGUUCAAGUGUCCUGUCUGCUCCAAGUCUGUGGCAUCCAAUGAAAUGGAAGUUCACUUCAUCAUGUGUCUAAGCAAGCCCCGCCUCUCCUAUAACGAUGACGUGUUGUCGAGGGAUGCUGGUGAGUGUGUGAUCUGUCUAGAGGAGCUGCAGCAAGGGGACACCAUAGCCAGACUGCCGUGCCUCUGCAUCUACCACAAGAGCUGUAUAGACUCGUGGUUUGAGAUCAAUCGGUCCUGCCCCGAACAUCCGUCUGACUGA